AUGGGGAAGGCCUCGAAGGACAAGAGGGACAUAUACUACAGGAAGGCCAAGGAGGAGGGAUGGCGCGCGCGAUCCGCUUUCAAGCUGCUGCAGAUCGACGACUCGUUCGACAUCCUGAAGAACGUCAAGAACGUGGUGGACCUCUGCGCGGCGCCCGGGUCCUGGUCGCAGGUGUUGUCCAGGCGCAUCUACCUCCCCGCGAAGGAGAAGGGGUUACCUGAUGAGGACAUGCCCAAGCUAAUCGCCAUCGACCUGCAGCCGAUGGCCCCGAUAGAGGGCAUCACCACGAUCCAGGGCGACAUGACCUCCAUGGCGAAGGUCGAGGAGAUCCUCGCGCACUUCACGGACGGGCGCAAGGCGGACCUGGUCAUCAGCGACGGCGCGCCGGACGUCACCGGACUCCACGACAUGGAUGAGUUCAUGCAGGCCCAGCUCAUCCUCGCGGGACUCACCGUGUGCACGCACAUCCUCGCGGACGGGGGCACCUACGUCGCGAAGAUCUUCAGGGGGAAAGACUGCGCGCUCCUGUACUCCCAGCUCAAGCUGUUCUUCAAGCAGGUGACGUGCGCGAAGCCCAAGAGCUCCAGGAACUCGUCCAUCGAGGCUUUCGUCGUGUGUCAGGAGUACUCACCUCCUGAGGGGUUCGAGCCGGACGACCUGUCGAGGGUGCUGCACGAGAGGGCGAAAGGGAUGCUGCAGGAGGAUGCGCACGGCAACGCGCUGGGCACGAUGGGCUGGCCCACCGAGUGCAUCGUCCCGUUCGUGUCGUGCGGGGGAAUCGACGCCUACGACUCGGACAUGAGCUACGACCUGCCCACGUACAUCGACGAGGAUGGGGUGGAGAGGGUGAAGCCGAGCCUGGACCCCGUGCAGCCGCCGACGGAGCCGUUCUAUAAGUUGGCCAUCGAGCGCGAGCGAGCCAAGGCGCAGAGCGGGAAGAAGAGCGCGAAGCAGCUCCUGCACGAGGAGGCGACCCGGCGGUGA